AACAAGUCAGGUUAAAUGUCAACCGACAUUGUAGCAGCCAAUCAACUAGUCACCCUCAUCCUGGAUGUUCCUCUUGGUCGGGAGGAUCCCACUCUGUAUCCGUCUUCCUCUAGACAAGAGAGAUAUAAACGACGACAGUUAGGUUGCCGGACAUCUGAAGUCGGCUUGUCAUUCCUGGACUUGUUCAGACCAGUGGUCAGCAUGCGUGGACACCUGGUGGUUGUUGUGGCGGCUGUGGUGGUGGUGUGUCAGCUGACAAGCAGCGCUGAUGUAUCUGUCACAGAACCAGUGCUUGCUCAGGACGUGACCGCGCAACAGGCGAGCGGCUUCCGGGAGGGAGGAGGCUUCCGGGAGGGAGUAUCCCGCGUGGACGGGUUCAGACCCUCGGGGCCCAGUCGCUGGCCCCAACUUCACCCUUGCCUCUGUAGAUCGCAGUCAGGGUUUCGACGUUCAGGUUUCCGUUCAACACCAUAAACCCCAGCUUCCGGAACAAUGUCCUCCUCUACCUGCCUCCUCACUUGCCUCACAAGCCUCGUCAACCGCAAACCUUGCUCAGACAUCUUUUGCCAAAAUAAUUUCAUCAAUAAAUGUCCAGUUGAUUAA